GCAAUUGUUUCACGGCGGAAGUAAAUACGCAGCGGACAGUUAAACGGAACGCACCAGCAUUUGCAAUCUGUUUUUAUUGUUAUUAUUGUCAUUAUUUCCUUACUGGCAUGUAAUAUAUUCUACGGUGUUCUUCCCCCCGCCACAUAUUUCAUUUCUGAUAAGAUGUUUGCCAAACCGUUUCGUGUUAAAUCCAACAUCGUAAUGAAAGGAUCCGACAGGAGGAAGCUCAAGGCUGACAUAGCAGCAGCCUUCCCUUCUCUGUCGUCUGAUGAAUUAUCAGAGCUAGUCCCAAACAAAGAAGAAUUCAAUGUUGUGAAGAUUUAUACACACAAGGGAGACGCUGUGACAAUAUACGUCGGUCAUAAAAACCCGCUCUUCUUCGAAAUGGAAAAACAACUUUAUCCCACAGUCUAUAUGCUUUGGCGCUACCCUGCUGCCCUGCCUACAUUCAGGACGUGGCCCCCUGUUCUUCACAAGUUGGUCGGAGGAGCUGAUCUUAUGCUUCCUGGUGUGGUAGUGCCUUCUGAUGGACUCCCGGAUGUGAAACGGGGUGACUCCUGUGCUGUCACACUUGUUAAUAAUAAAGCUCCUGUUGCAAUUGGCACCGCUGCGGUUUCCUGUGCAGAAAUGCAAAGUUUGGGCAUGAAAGGAAGAGGAGUGUGUGUCUUGCACUCGUACAUGGAUCAUCUCUGGGCUUUUGGAGAAAAGUCCAGUCCUCCCACGUUACGAGAUGCCGAGGGUGGAGCACCUGAUCUGAAUGGUGACCAAUGUCUGGCUGAGGAACAAGAAGAAGAUGAGGAGGAGGAGGAAGCUGAGCAUCAAGCAAGCCAGCUGGUCAAAGAUCAAGCCUGCCCUGCUGUUGCUGAGCAGGCGGAAGGAGAAGUUGAAAAGGCCAAUGAGGAAGGGGAGCAGGCCCACCAAGAUGAUAAGUCACCACAAGAGGUCAUGGAUGCUUUGCUUUGGCAAUGCUUCCUCCUGGCACUCAAAAGUAAGGUGAAGAAAUCAGAGCUCCCUCUGCUGACAAGCACUUUUCUCCGCAACCACAUGGUCUCCUGCUGCCCGAGUGGUAAACACUUAGAUAUAAAAAAAUCCAGCUAUAAAAAGCUUUCCAAGUUCCUACACGUCAUGCAGCAGCAGCACAGCCUCGUACGUGUGAAGGAACUGACGAAGGGCGUGGAGAGCAUCGUAGAGGUGGACUGGAAAAGCCCAGAACUCCGCUUCUCUGCUCCCGUGGAGACGGUCAUUGAAGCGGUUCCACAAACGGAAGCGCAGUAUCAUCCUCCCGAGAUCACCGCUUUAUACUCGGUGCCGGCUCGACUGCAGCCUCUUUUUCAGGACGCAAACAAAAGGAAAGGAGUGGCACUGCAGCCCACGGAGGUGAGAAGCAUCGUCACGGAGUAUGUGAAGAACAACGACCUGGUGGAUGAAACCAAUAAAAGUAAGAAUUACGUGAGAAUCAACCCAACCCUGUGUGACUGUUUGCUGGAGAAAUCAGAGUACCAGGACGUAGAGACGCUCAAGUGGGACGAGCUUUUCAGCAGAACCUUGGGGAGAAUGCAGGAAUGCUAUCAAAUCGCAUUUCCUGGACAAACACCUCAAAUAAAGAAGGGACAUAUUGAGCCCAUUGAUGUCUCUGUGGCUUCCCGAGGAUCCAAUAAGAAGGUGACUGUAAUAAAAAACCUGGAGGUAUACGCUUUGGAUCCUUCUGCCGUCGCCAUUGCAUUGCAGCGCCGAGUUCAAGCCAGUUCGGUCCUGCAGGCCGUCCCGGGGGCCAAAGACAAAGUCCUGGUCCAGAUUCAAGGCAACCAGAUUCAACAAGUUGGACAUUUACUGCUAGAUCAUUAUGGAAUUCCUCGCAAGUACAUCCAAGGGUUAGACAAAGCUUCGAAAGGUGGAAAGAAGUAGCAGCAGUUUAACGCUAUACCUGAUAAACUGUCUCCAUGGCUUACAAAGACGCCACACUGUAUGUAAACAUUCCUCGGGGCCUUUUGUGUAAUAUACGGUCGUCUUUUCACAGCACUCGACAUCGGCUGGUGCUCCGCAAACGUUUACACAUUUAGCGCUGUCAUCUUAAAUCGGGCAGCAAGUCAUCCCAAAUGUCUUUCAAGUGUUUCAUAUCAUGCGAACAAAUUUUAGCCCAAAAAAAAAUCAGUCAUGUAAUCAGUAUUUCUGAAGGGUGACGAGAACCAUCACUAUGUAAAAUAAAUAUUUUGUCAACGUA